ACCAGUAGAGCUUCUCUCAUCACUUUUGUUUGCAACAUCGGGAGCUAAAGGUUGUUGUGAGCUGGUGAGGCUGGGGGCCGUAGGACGACUCGUCCAAUGUGAUCCAGUACACAUGAGUUGACAGCGUUCUUGAUCAGUCAAGGCAAUUGCCCGGUUGGCAGCUGGAAUCAUGCCGGAGACUCCUCAGCAUGUUGGAUCCAGAGUCGAUUGGGCUAUCAAUCACCUCAACGCACACUGGGAUUUAGGUCUUCCCAGACUUCAUGGCCACCAAGCUAAAGAACUCGAGAAGGAUCAAGGCUCAUGUGCGACCAAGUGCUUCAGCAGGAUUCGCUACCUGUGCUUUCGAGUUGAAAUAGAGGGCAUUGUGUCAGACUUCAAUGAAAGAGCUCGGCAACUUUGUUCGAAAUGGAAAUGGAAACCCUCACAGGAGAAAGGAACAAUCCCAGUACUUCCUGUGACCAAGAGCUUCCUUGCGAGAGACAUACAGGAGAAACGAAAUGUAUCUCCUAUCAGACUCACCACACGUCAGCGUGCGGACUUGCUAGAGCUGCUGUUUGGAAUCUUGAACGAGCAAUUCGAACUUGCGCGACUGAGCGAAUCGUUCUCACACGAGCGUCCAUCCAGCACAAGCUUUAAUACCGCACCCACAACACCCCAGAAGAGCGGCGUGUCGCGCGACCAUGAACAAAUUGUCACUCCCACCCGUCAGAAUCUGCGAACGGUCGAACCUCCGAUGGGAAAUGAUGAACCCCAAUUAAAGAAUCCGAUGACGGGAUCUGCAAAGCGAUCCAUAGCGUCGCCCACCAGCAGAAACAAACGACAGCAAACAUUCCGCGAGUUCCCGGGGUUUCAAUCCGCGAGCUCCGCUGAUAUUGCACCCUUCUUGUCGAGCAGGCUCACACUCCCCCAUGAAGCAACCAGCUUCGACACUGUACACACGGCCGGCGCAUCUUCGGUUUUCACAAGUGCCGACGUUGAAGAUGACGUCUUCAGCUCAACUGAUACCUCCAUGCUGAGCGUUCGAGAUUGGACACAAAAGACAGAGCAAUAUGACGGUCCGUCAACGCAAGACUAUCAUGAGACAAUAGCAAACGGAGAUGAGGAGAUGAGGAGAUCCUUUGGUGCGAGUCACGCAGUACCCGUCUCGACGGAUUUGAUUCACGAGGCCCUGGAAAAGACUUUCAAACGAAGAGCACAAUUGCCAGCAGAGACUCCUUUCUGGUUGUGCUGGGAAAUCUGUCGUCUUGCUGAUAUUCUUGGAAGGCGACAAAUUGACUUGUACAGAUCCAUUGGAAAGUCCAGUACCUCCAAAGAGCAGACCUUCGAAAAUUUCUGGGCCGCUGCCAAACAGCUGUGCCGCGACCAGUCUCAACCACUCCCUCAAAAGUCAGAGAUACCCAAAUGGAUGAACGACAAGAACGAAUAUGAAGACAGUGUCUCCAACAAGGCGGUCUAUCUUACAGCAAAUCUGGAAUGGGCUGAGAGUCUUUCGGAUGGUCUGUUUACAAUGCGACCGAAUGAGAUCCGCUUGGAGAAGUCUUGCCGUCUCUAUCGAAAAUAUGGAGCUGACCGUUUCUUGGUUGUCUUUGCACCUUUAUUCUCAAAGCACUCCUACCCAAAGAAACUCCGUGAGGCGCACAACGAUGAACAUGCCUUACGCCAGAAGAUCACAGGCUUCCUCACUCGAGGUCGCCACUUCAUUGCAGGACGAUACUGGAGAGUCUUCUACGUUGAACCAGAGAAGAACAAGAAUCGGAAGAAGGACCAGUCCCCUCGUCAGAAGUUUUUCAUGUUCGCCGAGUCUGGCUACGAUAUGUUGUCAACAGGACCCCAGGAUUUUGACCUUGCGUCGCUCAAAGUUAGUGGCCGACACCAGACAUUCGCGUUGGAUGACGUCGCUCAAUGGCACAUGCCAUUUGCUGCAAACAUAAAUUCCACCGACUUGAAGUUGUUCUCAAGAUGGGGCAUUGGCUUGUCGAGGACGAUACCAACCACUGUUCUUCGACAGCAUGAGUUCCUGCUGUGCCCCGAUCCCGCGGAGGGCGAGGUCAUGGACGAUGGCUGCGCACUCAUGUCGCUGCCAUUGGCAAGAGCCAUAUGGCAGGCUUGCGGCGCUCCAGGAGAUUCGUUACCCAGUGCGGUACAAGGCCGGAUAUCGGGUGCCAAAGGGCUAUGGAUCGUCGACUAUGCAUGGGAGAAUCGAUAUCCCGACAUCAGUGAUCGAGGUUACUGGAUCGAAGUCUCCGAUACUCAACUCAAGAUAAAUCCACAUCCUCGUGAUCGCCAUGAUGCCGACGAUUAUCUGAGAACUUUCGAAGUUCUCAAGUUUGCCGGAAAGUGCAAACCCGGUCAUCUCAAUAUGCAAUUGAUCACUAUUCUCGAGGACAAUGGUGUUCCACGAACUGUACUGGCGGAAGCACUCAGAACAGACACCCGGGCAUAUUCGGAAUCUGUGAGAACUGCAAUACAGGAUCCAACAGCGCUUUUACGCUGGAUAGGAGAGAAUGGUCUGUUUUGCCCUUCAGACGGACAGAAGAUCCUGGGAUCAUUUCCAGUCGAACGACGACAGCAAUUGCGACUCCUUCUCGAAUCUGGGUUUGACCCUGCAAACUGUGCAAGGAUCAUCAGAUGCAUGAGACACUCUCUGCGUGACUAUAUGCUUGAUUACACUGAGAGACUCUGGAUCACCCUUCCACAUUCUACGUCUGUCUUUUGCAUACCUGAUCCCUUAGGUGUGCUGAAGGAGGAUGAGGUCUGCUUCAACGCGAGCGAAGCGAUAACAGAUCCCAGGACUGGGCUAAGUGAGUUUAUGCUUGCAGAUGCCGAUGUCCUAGUUGCACGAGUGCCCGCCUACCUGUCUUCUGACAUCCAGAAACGUAAAGCGGUGUACAGAUAUGAGCUUCGGCACUACAAAAACGUCAUCAUUUUCCCUACACGAGGUGACAAGCCACUUGCUUCGAUGCUGUCUGGUGGCGAUUAUGAUGGUGACACUUGCUGGGUUUGCUGGGAUCUUGAGAUCGUUGUGUCUUUCAAAAAUCAUGAGGUACCGCCAUUGCCUAAGCCAGACCAGUGUGGAAUGUCGCAACAUUCAAGGCCAAUAUCGGAUAUGUUCAAGUCAGACUCUCCCUCGAGGGAUGCUAUGGACGACUUCCUUGCGGCGUCUGUCGAUUUCAACGCGCGGCCUAACCUGCUGGGUUCAUGUUCGACAGAGCACGAGAGACUGAUAUACUCGCUUUGUCAAAAGAAUAAGGUCGCAAAGUUGUCUGACCCAAAAGCGGUAAAAUUGGCGGCCUUAGCUGGUUACUUGGUCGACUGCAACAAGCAGGGGUGGAGUCUCGACGAGGAUGCCUGGCAUAAAGUACGUAAGUACUCAAGUGGGCCCCGACAGCUGCCCGAGCCUGCAUACAAGUCCGGUGUCCCCCCAAGAACAAAAGCUGGAGUUUACGCCAAUGUCAUCGAUGAGCUGAAGUUCAGAGUUGCCGAAGAAGAGAAGAAUCGAGUUUUGGCGGACUUCGAAAUGCGCACCAAGGAUAUGGGUACCUAUGAUGAAGUGCUAAGUCGAUAUUGGAAAACUGCGUGGCGUCCGUUGGAAAAGAAAGACGAUGUCAAUACCAAGGUGGAGAAAGAGACCGGCCCAACAAAAGCGGGUUCUGGGAAGCUGCGUGGCGGUGUGCAGCAACCUGGAGAGCGCAGUCUUCUUGGAUUAAAAGAGAUUUUGGAAGGUCUUUUGCACGAUGUGAAGGCUGUUCAACAGUUGGUGAGGGACCUCGGCUUCGAGCGAUUCGACUCUUCACCAGAUGAGUCGAAGGAUCUACGCAAUUACAAUGCCGCAGUGCAGAAAGUCUACGAGCAGUAUCAAGCCAUCGUACCCAGAGACGUCGACCACGACCUUCGGCGCCGGUAUGAGGAGGAAACCGACUACCCUUUUCCUCACUGGUCCCUCCUACGUGCAUCCUGCCUCCAUCGGCAUGUAUGCAGUAAAGGGGGGUUCCCAGGAUGGGUCUGGCAUGUGGCAGGCCGAGAAUUAUGCUACCUCAAGACGUUCUACCACCCAGGCCAACCCAGCCACGUCACGAAAGAGAUACAUGACUGCUUGAAGGUCAACACGAAAUAUGUCAAAAGUCUAUUGGAGAGAAAGGCCAUGGAUGUCGAUGAACUUGAUGGAGACGACAUUAUUGGCGAUGAGAUGAUGGGAAGAAGUGGCUUGGAUUGAGUGAAGAUGAUGAUACCCCUGUACGACUAUGUUAUUGAACCAGCCUUUUCUUUCAUCUUUCGGAAUAUGUUGGACUAUUGAAUUUCUGGACAGGACUGGAUAUGGUAUGGCAUGAGAAAGGGCCUAUGCGCUGAAUCGGACUUUUCCCUUGACUUACAGUCUCUCUUCCCCC